CUCAGUAGUCCGCGUACCGGAGAGACCUACGGACUGCGGAGAGCGCGGUAGUGAGCCCCGCGAGGGACCUGCAAUUUGAGAACGCGGUCUUCCGCCUAACGUCGUUGCAUCUUUGGCACUGGGCCAUGGCGUCCGGGCCCUCCGUGCUCAUGCGCCUGGUGGCCUCGGCCUACUCCAUCGCGCAGAAGGCCGGUGUGAUCGUCAGACGCGUGAUCGCCGAGGGAGACCUGGGCAUCGUGGAGAAGACCUGCGCCACAGACCUGCAGACCAAAGCCGACCGGCUGGUGCAGAUGAGCAUCUGCUCUUCCCUGGCGCGGAAGUUCCCCAGGCUGACCAUCAUAGGGGAGGAGGACCUGCCCCUGGGGGGCGUGGACCAGGAGCUCAUCGAAGAUGACCAGUGGGAGGAGAUCCUGCAGAAGCCGUGCCCAGCGCAGUACCUGGCCAUUAAAGAGGAGGACCUUGUGGUCUGGGUUGACCCUCUGGACGGCACCAAGGAGUACACUGAAGGUCUCCUCGACAACGUGACCGUCCUCAUCGGCGUCGCCUACGAGGGGGAGGCCAUAGCGGGCGUCAUCAACCAGCCCUACUACAACUACCAGGGAAAUUGUAUUCAUUCUCCACAGAACGGUGCAAAGCAGGUGUUCAGGGAGCACAGCAAGGGAGCAGAGGCAGGACCCGAUGCCGAGCUGGGGCGGACGAUCUGGGGUGUCCUGGGCCUGGGCGCCUUCGGGUUCCAGCUGCAGGAGGCCCCGGCCGGGAAGCACAUCGUCACCACCACGCGCUCGCACGGCAGCAAGCUGGUGUCGGACUGCGUGAGCGCCAUGGAGCCUGACGCUGUGCUGCGCGUGGGUGGCGCGGGGAACAAGAUCAUUCAGCUGAUCGAAGGCAAGGCCUCUGCCUACGUGUUCGCAAGCCCCGGAUGUAAGAAGUGGGACACUUGCGCGCCAGAAGUUAUCUUACGCGCGGUGGGAGGCAAGCUGACCGACGUCCACGGCAACGCGCUGCGGUACUACAAGGACGUAAAACACAUGAACUCCGCCGGCGUCUUGGCGGCGCUGAGGAACUACGACUACUAUGCGAGCCGCGUCCCAGAGUCUGUCAAGAAGGCCCUGGUCCCUUAAAAGGAAGUUCAUCCCCUCUCCAGGAGGACUGGGUUCUCAGAACUGCACAUUUUAAAUCUGAUUGGAUGGAAUUAUUUGUCGUUGAUCAGUAAUUUGUAUUAGUUACUUAGGAAGAGAAAUAGCAUUAAAGAAAUUGCCUUUAUUGGAGUGUCACACUCCCAUGCCUCGGGCACGUAAUAAAUUUUGUAUGUUCCUUUUCCUGUUUAAAAAAGCCAGGCGUGGUUGUGUGGGGCUGCUCAGGAAACUGAGGCAGGAGGAA